UGACCUCAAUUUUGUGAACGUCAUUUGACGCUCGUCAAUAGUGUCGAAGAAGGUGGUUAAAACACUGGUUGAAAAGCUGACCUGUGUUCAGUUCAGUGUGUGUGUUCAGUGUGAACUGUGUUGGGGUGAAUAACACUCGCUGGUCCUGAAUCACCCCGUGACGCACUUUCUCCUUCAAAGCCUCCGCUCGCAAAGACAGGAAGUGAAAAGACUUCACACCAAUAGCAAACGUGGACCCGCCUCUGCAAUGUUAAUGACAGGCAGACCGUCCAGUCUGGAAGCGCGUCUGUGUGUUAUUGGCACGUCUGAGGCCAAUGCCGUAGUAGAGGUUCAGUACCCGUAAACUGGCCGGGCGUGCUGGUGUCCCCGUGCGAGGGAGAAGUGGCUGGUGGCGGUGAAGAUGGCGGAUGGAGACAGCGGGAGUGAGCGCGGCGGGGGCAGCAGUGGAGGCGGCGGGGGCUUCCCGCACUUCCAGAGGGAGCAGGAGACCCAGGAGCUGGCGUCCAAGCGACUCGACAUUCAAAACAAGCGCUUCUACCUGGACGUCAAGCAGAACUCGAAGGGCAGGUUCAUCAAGAUAGCCGAGGUGGGCGCCGGGGGCUCGAAGAGCCGCCUGACCCUCUCCAUGUCCGUGGCGGCCGAGUUUCGCGACUACCUGGGCGACUUCAUCGAGCACUACGCGCAGCUGGGGCCCAGUAGCCCGGAGCAGAUCGCGCAGUCCUCUGGCGGCGACGACGGUGGACCCCGAAGAGCGUUAAAAAGCGAGUUCCUAGUCAGAGAAAAUCGCAAGUACUACCUCGAUCUGAAGGAGAAUCAGCGGGGGAGGUUCCUGCGAAUCCGCCAGACCGUCAAUCGAGGGCCCGGCUUUGGGGUCGGAGGCCCCGGGGGUGGCAUGCAGGCCGGCCAGACUAUUGCACUCCCGGCGCAGGGCUUGAUAGAGUUCCGAGACGCCCUGGCCAAACUUAUAGAUGAUUAUGGCGGAGACGACGAAGAGCUGAGCGGAGGCACCGCGGCGGGGAGCUACGGCGAACUGCCCGAGGGCACCUCCAUCAUGGUGGACUCCAAGCGCUUCUUUUUUGAUGUCGGGUCCAACAAGUAUGGGGUGUUCCUGCGAGUCAGUGAGGUAAAGCCGAGCUACCGGAACUCAAUCACGAUUCCUUUCAAAGCUUGGAGUAAAUUUGGUGGCGCUUUCUGCCGAUACGCAGAGGAGAUGAAAGAAAUCCAGGAGAGACAACGGGAUAAGAUGUACGAGCGGAGGGAAGAGUCGGAGGGUGAAGACGUGGAGGAUGACUGAUGGAGUCGAGAAGUUCACCUCAGAUCUGCUGAGAGUUGGUUACGAGACGCAGAAACGACCGAAGAAGUGCAUGAUGAAUCGGACCUAAAUAGCCUACUAAAAUAUUGUGGCGUGAUAUUAAUUUGACAGAAAAUAUAGAUAAUGAGGUUGUGAAGUUAAUGUGAUGACGUUUGGGGAUUUCAAGAAAACCGCCUAAAGCCAUGAGCGAGUGAUGUUUAAUGAGGUGAGAAAUAUGAUUUAUUACUGAAACCGCCCUGUCCCAAACCAGAAGUUUAAUUGUUCGAGAUAAUAAUUUAAACUUUUAUAAUAUCAAACACUAAUGCUGCUGAAUUUAAAAGGCAGUAAGUGCAUGUGAAUGAAAGCAGUUGGAAAGGAUGCAUAUUGCUCAGUAUAUUUAAUAAGAAAUGUGUGAGCGUAGACAUUCAUUAGUCUGGAUGGAGUCCUGUUGAAGCGCAAGACAGCGAUAAUCAAAGGACUUUAACUCUCUGAAACUUGUCCAUCCAUUCGAUAGCUGUAUAGGCUACUGACUUUGAUGUGGAGAGUAGUUUAUAAGCCAUAGGAAUCUUUACAAUAAAACCUUUAGAGAAAUUACACUGUAGACUAAUGACAUAGUCUAUUACAUGAAGCCUGACUAAUUGGUAUACUGACAUGUUAAAGGCCAGAUUGGGGAAGCCCACCUUCACACAUGACAGGAGAAGGGGGUUGAGUGAGACGUGUGAAGAAUGCAGAGUGCUUUUGCCCGCAACAUCAAGGAAUGUGGCACUGAAGUGAAACCAGAUUAUCAGAGCAUUUGUCUUUUCCAAUUUGGGUCCAAACUUAAUGACCACAUUAAAGUAAUAAGUCAUUUCUCCCUGUAGGUAUAAGGACAGACCCGUUGAGUCAAUGCAAUGAAACCACACUCCUUUUUUAUUUAAAGGACAGAAUGCAUAGAGGAGUAUUUUCCUUUUGUUCCCUUUCUUUUUUUUGUUUAGAAAACUUGACAGAUUAUACUUUGACAGAAUAAUUGAACAAACCAGCAUAUUUUUAAUACAUAAAAUAGAAAAUAUAUGUGUAUUACAGAAUUAUUAAAGCCGGAAAGGCAGUUUUGUAAAAAAGAAAAAAAAAUAAGAUAUGAAAUGGAAAAAUGUCCAAUGUAUUUGUUUUCCAAAAAUUGUGGAAGAGUAUAACCUCUGUGUAAGUAAAGAGAGUUGGUAUGAUAUAUUGUGACAGUUUAUUUCAUAAUAUGUAAAUCUCAUUCCUUACUCAUCACAUGGAAUGUACGUUUGUGUUGAGCUCACCCAAUAAUUUGUGGUAUUUUUUGUCAAAAUUACCCCAUUUAAAGGGAAAGUUAAACCAGACAAUGCUAAAGUGGCUAGCAAUGAAUAAAAAACUUAUUUUCCUGGUUGGCAAGAUUUCUUGCUAACAGGGAACAUUAACAAUUCAUUUUUUUAAAUGUUCCUGUUUGGUAUGGUGUCAUGCUAACAGGCAGCACUAGGUUUUUAUUCAUUAUUAAUCAAAAAAAAUUUAAAACUUCCCCUUAAAGUGACAUUUAAUAAAAACGUCACUCGUGUCUGUCAAUUGGUCCUUUUAGUAAUUAUGUUGUUGUUCAUGCCCAUAUCUGAUUGCCUGUUAAGUUAUUAAGUCCUUCAACAUAGUGUAUGCUGCUAUGUUGAUGUUCUCAUGUUUUGUCACUUUAUUCUCAAUCCUAAAUAUGAUUUUAAUGGGAAAGCAAAAUAUGAUGUGAGUUCUUAAGCACCUUUUACAUCUGUAGGUGUUGUCUAGUGUGAAUGUUCAGAAAACUGGUCAUGUAUAUUCCUUUUCUUCUAAAGAAUAUGUGAAUUACCAAGCAGACUGAUGAUUCAUCACCGUGAACAGUAAAGGUGUGUUAUGUUGAUUUCUUUGCCACAUUUCAUUGUCACACUUUAAUUAGGCGAGACAACGUCCCAGGAAAUACGGUGCAGUUUAUAGAGUGAUGUAUAUCUGGAUAUUUGUUUUUUCUCACAGCAAAGGAUUUUAGGAUCAUUUGGAGGCACAACAGUGUUUUGCAUUCAUAUAUAAAAUCACAUUUUAUCAUCCCUACUGACUUGUACUGUUUCAUGUCAAAUGGCAGCUGUUCCAGUCAUUAUGUGUCCUGCUGUAAACUAUCAACAUCCUACUCAACACUUUCUAAAUGUUUUUUUUUUGUUUUGUUUUGUUUUUUUUUGCCGAAGAUGCACUUAAGUCCAACCACAGAGCACAUUUUUUGACAGAUAGAUCACAAUAAGGUAAAUAUGCCAGAUGUAACCUGAUGGGUUUCCUGUAUAAACCUUGUUUUGGCACACUUGUCAGUUGCAAAAUCAGUACUGACUGCUCUGUCCAGACGCUGGUUCUCUCUCUCUCUGUGUCUGUGUGCUCUGUCUAGAUGCUGGUUUUCUGUCUCUGUGUGUGCUUUGUACUGGUUGCUCUGUCCAUUGGGGUUCUCUCUGAAUCUACAAUUGCAGCAGCUGUUCAUAUGCAGCAGUGAGCUGACUAAGGCUGGCUAUUUUAAUGUAAGAGGCAUGGGAAAGCUAGUGUUCCUGCGCUGGUGGCAGAGGAGGCAGCUGUGCCAUUAGCUCGCAAAUGCAGACAGACACAAGGGCUUGAUCGUCAAGCCUGCCCCACACACACACACACACACACACACACACACACACACCCCUCCCUCUCCCAAAAAUGCUAUGUUAGCAAGACUGCACCAAACAUGCAUACAUCAAAUUGGUAAUGUUUGGACCAUUCACUGUUCGGACAGUGAACACUGACAUUUUUAGCCAUUUUCAGGAUGCAUUUGGUGACCGUUGAGACUAUUAAGUUGACAUCAGACAGCUGCGGGGAACACCUGAAGCGUUUUCGGUGGCCUUGCUGGGGCGGUAGCCAGCCAAGCGUAACACAGCAGCUGUUGGUGAGACAUUUCUCCCAGCUCUUCAGCUGCUGUAAAAUGAGAGAGCCCCACUCCCCCAUCAACACAACUUCAUUUCCCAAGAAAGAAAAAUAGUGAUCAAGUUGUAAGCCUGUGAGAUCUAUGUGGUUGUAGUAGUGUAUGGUAAUAUUUUUAAUAUAUGAGUCUGUCAUAACAAAUUUAAAUUAUUAGUACAGUUCAAAGAGGCACUUACUGUUUGCUUUUUAAGAGGUAGUGGAUGCUUUUAAAGUAAAACAUCUGUUAUACAAGGCAAGCCCAGAUAUUCCGCUUACUAGUAUGCACUACAUCUUAUUUCAAAAGUUAACAUGUAGUUUCUUAAUAAUUUGUGUCUUGAUGGAAGUGAUAACAGGAAGGAACAUACACUGGAAUGGGUUUAUAUACUUGGUUCCUGCCAGUUUCCUCACCGUAACUGGGUGAUUUGUCUUCCUGUGUCUCAAGGUUGGGGAAUGUGAAGGUUCUGUUGACCCUUCCCGUAUGUCCAAACUGUUUUCUCCUAUAUUGAAAUGAUGACUGUCUGGGACGAUUUCUCUUUACUAUUCCAGGUCAUUCUACAGAGCUCAGCAAAUGUGCUAGUGGACUAUUUUAGACAUACAAGUAUGGACUUAGCAAUUUAUGGAACAUUCUUUCUCAAGUCUGAGAAAUGGUUAUUUUUCCAAGUAAUCUGAUGAUGUAACCAGAGAUUUUAAUGUGAACAGCAAGCCCGUGUCCGGUUCCUACUCAGGUUUUCGGCAUCCUCAAUGUCUCGUCUCAUGCGCAUCGUAUCCCUCCCUCCCUUCACUCUCGAAGUGGUGGGGAGGCAGACAUGGUAAAUAUUCCUGCAGUAGGAACUCUGUCAUGACAUGAAGACAGACCCUGCAGUACUGCUGCUUCUUAACUGACCCCCUAAACUCAGCCUGCCUCCUGUAAACCACAGACUGGGUAGCCAUCCAUUUCCCUAUGGCUGCACAGUUUUUCAAAUGGAGAUUUACAAGUCUAUAUUUAGAAAAUGCUAUGUAUGUUUGUAACAGAAUAAAGGAAAUUAUAAUUGAUGGAAAACAA